AUGGGUUCAUUAUGGAACAAGAUUGUAUGCUUAUUUCAAGAAAAGGAGGAGAUACGUAUACUUAUAGAUGGUCUUGAUUCAGCUGGUAAAACAACCGUUCUUUAUGUUAUGAAGUUUGGCGAAGACGUACAAACGAUUUCAACGCCUGAUUUCAACAUUGAGACAAUAGAAUUUCGAAAUUUCAAUAUAACCGCUUGGGAUAUUGUUGGUCGUGAAAGAAUUAGACCUCUAUGGAAGAAUCGUUUUAAAAAUAUAUCCGCUAUUGUUUUCGUCAUUGAUUCAACAGACCGAGAACGUUUAAAACAAAUGUACGAUGCACUUUACAAAAUAGUUAAUGACGAUGAACUCAACUAUCAACCUAUCCUUAUUCUAGCCAAUAAACAAGAUCUGUCAAAUGCAAUGAGAAUAAAUGAACUGUGUGAUAAACUUUCUAUGGAUAAAAUCGGUUUAAACAGGAAGUGGCAUAUACAAGAAACAAUAGCUACUAAAAGUCAAGGUCUUCAUCAAGGAUUCAAGUGGUUGAUGGAUCAAUUGGCUAAUAAAAAAGUCAAUGUUUCGAAUCCAAUCACUGAAGCAAUUAAUGAUUCAAAAGUAAUAGCAAAACGUUUUCUCUCCAUAUUCAAUUCAAUCAAUGUGAAAUCUAUAUUUCAAUCUACAAUAUAA